GAUGACGAAGACAUUAAGUAGUAAACAUGGAGGAGAGAGAAGCACUGAAGAGGGAAAUUGAACUUUUACAAAAUCUCAUCAAUACUCACAAGAGUGUCCAUGGAGACGCUCCAUUUGCAAGAGAUGAGCAUAGGCGUCCAGAAGCUCCAACAUCAGCCCGGGGAAGAGGUCACAGCACAUCUGUCCAUCAUCAUGACAGCUCCAGAGGGAGACAGUUAGCUCCUCACAGCCAUGGAAGUUGGAGGAAAACAUACUCCCUGAGCAACAAGAACCUCCAGUCCUCUGUAGUACACACAUCAGCUUCUGCCUCCUCUGUUGGACAGUCCCAAAGUGUAUCUCACAGCACCUCACUGCCCAGUCACAGCAGAGGAGAGAAGAGUGAUAAAAUCACAACUGCCGCUUCAUCAUUAGGGGAAGUUGCAACAGAGAAAAAACACAGUGAUACUCUUAGAAAAACUGGUGCAGCUGUUUAUCAGCUUGAAGAUGAAAAAGGCACUAGUGUUCAACACGAAAAGCUUCAGGGACAGACGCCAGCAAUUCAGGAUAGGACCGAAACCAGGCGUGUUCUCCUGCCUAAAGAGAAAAAUAAUGCUUCUGCCGAAGUGGCGCCUUCAGUUAAGUCCAACACCCUGACCAGUUUGCAGAGCAACCAUCAAGCACAGAUCAAACCCUCCCUGACGAGCAAAACCAGCACUGGGACUAAACUGACUGCUACUACGAUAAAACUAGCAACUCUUACAACUGCUAAUGCCAUACCGCCUCUCUCUGGGCUUUCAGAAGUAUCAAAACAACCGUCUGCCGACCCCACAAAUCAAUCGAGCAAGGGCCAGACGGGUGCAUCUUUUACAGAAAAAUCAAAAUUCACUUGGAUCAAAAGCCAGACGGAGAAAGAAGUGGAGCCCGAACAAGCUAGCUCCAUUCCGUCACCCAAAGGCAAAUCUGUGACUGUUGCCCCGCCAUCAAUUUCAAAAGCUGGGGUCGCAGGUGCAAGCCCCCCCAUUUUGGCAAUCAGUAAGAAAACGCCUACUAAGAAGUUACCUCGAAAGAUAAGCUCCGCCAAUAUAACCCCAAAGACUUCCAAGUACAAAUGGGUCUCCUCCUCGGCUGGAGCCCAGGCUAGAAUCCCUCGAAAGUCACUAUCGCCAAAAUCCAUGUUUGUAGCACAGAGAGCCGUGGAGAAGGGAGAGACGACCAAGAAACCCAGAGCAGCCUCCACUCCCUCUCCUAAGAUCAAAAAGGGAAUUGCGGGCUCCUCUCCCAACUCCUCACUGAGCAGCCGUUAUCGCUGGAAGGCUGGAGGCUGGAGUUCCUCUGCUGCAGCGACUGGAGUGGCGGCAGUAGCCCGUCGUAGAUCUGCCUUCCACUGGACGUCUGAAAAAAACAACAAAGGCGUGAAAGGAGGGCUCGUUGUCUCCCCGUCUGUAACCCAACGCACCUCCCUGAUGCCCUCCUCCUCACCUGCUGGGUUCAAGCUCCGCAGCAGAAUGAAAAUCAUUCGGAGGUCUGCUAGUAGUGGAGCUGGUUCAGAGAAGGGGGGCAGCCCGUCAGCGGUGAAGCACUCCCCCCGCGGUCGGACGCACAGCUACGCCAGGAGUCCCACAGGAGGACGGAGGACGCCCUCCAGGGAGCUGGUGUCUUUUGGUAGGCACAAGUUGAGGCGGCUCUCCCCCACAUCAGCAAGGACAGCAUGGGGAUCGCAGCAACCAUACAGUCCCGCCUCCUCCUCUCACCGUAGCCCCGCCUCUACUCGGGUGUUCAGGACACGCUACAAGAUGGUGACCCGCCCGGGCUCCGCCAGCACGGCACACACCCUCCACUACAACCCCGCCCUGUCUUGGAGAGCUAAGAGGAUCCAGUCUGCCAGGAGUUUCCUACAGAAUAGAAUGCGAGCCCCCCACGACAGACAAUCGUCACCCAACCAGCACUGGAGAGGAAGCAGCAUGUGCUGGAUUCGUGGUUCCCUGUACCGGGUGUCAGCCAAUAAGCUGUCCCGCACCGUGGGAUCCAACAUGUCCAUCAACCGAACAGGAAGGUCCUUCAGCCCUGCCCAGGUCCCAUUAACGAGUCCAGCUUUCAACAGACCCUACAGUUCUCGUAAUCUAGCCAGCCGUGCUGUCCAGCGCAGCAUUGCCAUAAUCAGAAAUGCUCGUCAGAAGAAGCAGCCGAAGCAGUACUGCAUGUACUACAACCGCUUCGGCAAGUGUAACCGUGGCAACAGCUGUCCCUACAUCCACGACCCGGACAAGGUUGCCGUCUGCACCAGGUUUCUCCGGGGGACGUGCAAACUGGCAGACGGCUCCUGCCCAUUCUCCCAUAAGGUGGCAAAGGAGAAGAUGCCGGUGUGUUCCUACUUCCUGAAGGGAAUCUGUAACAACAGCGACUGUCCCUACAGCCACGUCUACGUGUCCCGAAAAGCCGAAGUGUGUGAGGACUUUGUGAAAGGCUACUGUCCUGAAGGAGAGAAGUGUAAGAAGAAACACACUCUGGUGUGUCCGGACUUCUCUAAGUCGGGAUCCUGCCCUCGAGGAGCCCGCUGCAAACUGCAGCACCACCAACGAGCCAAGAGAAGUGCCAGCAACAGCUCCAGCACCGCGGCCAAGAGAGGCCGGAACAAGGAGCCGGCUAAGAGGCCCCGCCUGUCUGUGGUCAUCCCUCAGGACUCUCAGGAAGAUCCAGGGACGCCCACCAAAGGUCCUCUGGCACUGCCCUCUUUCAUCUCCCUCUCCAGCUCUCCAGAGGAUGCGGACGCCCCGGUCACGCUGCUGUCUGAGACCUCACAGGUUAAAGAGAAAAGGCUGCAGAUCAAGCCUCGGCUGUGAGAAAAAGAGAAAAGACGCACCAGAGGUAAAAUAAAGACUCAGCAAUGAUUUCUGUGCUCCAGGUUUGUCCUGACAGGUGUGUCUGUGUCUCUGUCCUAUGAACUCACUCAGGGCCUGAACGUUUUUUUUUUUAUAUAUAUCUAUCUGUUUUACAUAUCAAUUUGGGUGUUUUACAGUGCAGAUUUUAUUGAUCAAGUUUUGUACAUUUCAAAAAAUACUAAAUAAAA